CUAAUGCUGUAUAUAUCUCACCCUUUUGGAAUUUCCCAAUUGAUUCCCAUAAUUGUUUAUGAAAUUAUCCUAUGGAUAUAUUUUAGGUGUAAGGAAGAGAAUAAGAGAAUCAAGAGUGUUGGUAAACAACACAGAAUAUGGAACAGGCCAGGAUUCACCACUAUUUGACUUUAACGUGAUAGAAACAGCUACGAACAACUUUGCUAAUGAAAACAAGCUUGGAGAAGGAGGAUUUGGUCCAGUUUACAAGGGUAGACUUCCUGAUGGACAAGAAAUAGCAGUGAAAAGACUAUCCAGAGGGUCGGGACAGGGCUUAAAAGAAUUUGAGAAUGAGGUGGAACUGAUAUUAAAACUUCAACACAGGAACCUGGUUAAGCUUUUGGGUUGCUGCACCCAUGGAGAAGAGAAGCUUUUGAUCUAUGAGUUGAUGCUCAACAAAAGCUUGGAUGCCUUUCUCUUUGAUGCAACGAAGAAAGGAAUUUUAGAUUGGGAAAAACGCUACAACAUUGUUGAAGGAAUUGCACGAGGGCUUCUCUACCUUCAUCGGGAUUCUAGGUUGAGGAUUAUCCACCGAGAUUUGAAAGCCAGCAACAUUCUACUAGAUGAAAAGUUCAAUCCAAAAAUAUCUGACUUUGGAAUGGCACGGAUGUUUGGCGGCGAUCAAAUUCAAGAGACAACAAACAGAGUUGUUGGAACAAUUGGCUAUAUGUCCCCUGAAUAUGCUGUGGAAGGGAAAAUUUCUGAGAAAUCUGAUGUCUUCAGCUUCGGUGUUUUACUUUUAGAGAUCGUAAGUAGUAAGAGGAACAAUUAUUUUGUUGAUGAUGAUCAAGCUCCUAGCCUUUUGGGAUAUGCAUGGACAUUGUGGAAGGAAAACAGAGUCGUAGAGCUAAUUGAUCCAUCAUUGGGGAGCUCAUUGUCUUAUACAGAAGUGCUCAAAUGUAUUCAAGUGGGACUAUUGUGUGUUCAAGAACACCCAACAGAUAGACCAAGCAUUUCUUCGGUAAUCUCUAUGCUAAGUAGUAAUGCAAAUCUUCCUUCUCCAAAACAAGCUGCAUUCUUUGGAGGGAGAAGUCUAGAAGAGAGCAAUGAAGCAUGCUCUAUAAAUCAUCUUAGUUACACUGACUUAGAUUGCAGAUAAUUUGUAAAGUAAUACAAAAUCUAUAAACUUAUUUCUAGAUGUAAUAUAAUGAUUGAGUGCCAAAACUCCAGCGACACCAUUUGUAUUGGGGCUGAGAUCAAUGGAUGCCAUCUUUGUUACAGCAUGAAGACAGCAGUAUUGUGAAGGUUACGUAGUUAAUGACACAUGAAUACUCUAUGUCCUUCACAUAUGAUAGCAAUAAUACAUGCAUGUAUUCGUAAUUACGAGCAAGGUACCUGGUUAGUUUUGUUCAAGGAUGUUUAUUUGGUAUAAGUGUUGGUGUUUGUAAUUUUAUAGGUUUUUUGGAAGAUGUCUAUUGUAAGAAUCCGUAUGAUAUAAUUGUUUUUUGCUGUU